GAGAGGCGGCUGUUGCAGAGCAGCGCUCCUGAUUCUCAGCCAUCCGCCACAAGGUGAAUAUCAGCCGGAGGAACAGGGCCAGACUUCGCGGAGGCAUCUGCGUGUUUCCAUCAUUCACUUCAUUUCCUGUUUGUUCGGUCUCGGAACUCCGCAGAGAGACGGACAUCGACAGCAGGUGUCAGAGUGACAGACGGGCAGGAAAAAUGGGAAGGAAGAAAAUACAGAUAUCUCGUAUUCUGGACCAGAGGAAUCGACAGGUGACCUUCACCAAGCGCAAGUUCGGCCUGAUGAAGAAGGCGUACGAGCUGAGCGUGCUGUGCGACUGCGAGAUCGCCCUCAUCAUCUUCAACAGCACCAACCGCCUGUUCCAGUACGCCAGCACCGACAUGGACAAGGUGCUGCUCAAGUACACCGAGUACAGCGAGCCGCACGAGAGUCGCACCAACACCGACAUCCUGGAGACCCUGCGCAGGAAGGGCCUCGGCCUCGACGGCUCCGAGCUGGACGGCGAGGAGAGCAUGCAGGUGGCAGCUGAGAAGUACCCUCCCAGCGAGGGGGUGGACCUCUCGUUGGCUCGCCAGCGCUUCUACGCGCCGUCCCUCCUCUCGCCGGAGGCCCAGUUCCUGAUGUCUGCGGGAUGCGAGAACGGCUUCCCCAACCCCUCCGGACCGGGCGCGCCAUCCCACAGACCCGCCGGGGGCUUCAAAGCUCCGGGCUCCAGGCCCGGUCCCGCCGGCCCGGCUGCGCCGCACGCGCACACUGCGUUCGUGUCUCCGCACUCGGGCAUCGGCUACUCCGUGUUCUCCCACGGCAACCUGAACCGACCUCUGGAGAUGAAGAGCCCGCCCCCUCUGAACCUGGGGAGUGAGAACCCGCGGGGCGACGCCGGCAGCCAGGCCAUGGCGCCCGCCGCGCGCGCCAACCACAGGGGGGUCCUGUACCAGGGCCUGCACAGCGGCGGCUCCAUGGUGGCCAUGGGCAAGGCCGGCCUGCUGGGUCACAGCUUGGGGGGCUACGGCCUCCCGUCCCCCGGAGCCUCUGAGUACGGCCAACCUGGAUUUUAUCACUCGGUGAGUCUACAGCGAGGAGCAGUGAACCCCUGGCAGCAGGCGCAGCCGCCUCAGGACCCCCACGGGCCGCAUAUGAGCCCCGGGAUGUCCAGCGGAGGGUGCUCCUUCGCCUCCCAAUCCUGCUCCUCCGCCUCCCCCCUCAUGCCCUCCCUCAACCUCAGCAUCAAACUGGAGCGCAGCUCCCCGGAGCAACUGUCCUCCCCGCCGACCCCCCCUCUGCACCACCACCUCAGGCAGCACUCUCCACUGAGCAACCCGGAUCCGGGCCCGGCGCCGGAGGGCCGCCCGGCCAACGGGGCCAAGGACUUUCCCAAAGCCGGCUACGCGCAGGACGAAGAGGGGGGGGGGGGCCCCGCCAGGCAGGUGGAGAUGAGCGAUGGGUGGCAGAGAUAGCAGCGCCACGCCGUCUCCCCCCCCACACACACACACACACACAUAUAUAACAGGAGAUAGAGAGAUGGGGUCCAUUUGCCCCCCCCGUCCCCCCCGUCCCAGAGAGGUAGGCCUCUCGUUGCCUCCUCACACAGAGCUGGUCUCUCCUGGGCGGGGGGGGAGAAAUGACGUUGUGUGUUUUUUGGUUUGGUUUUGUGUGCCGAGGUGAAAUGUGUUUUGUUUGUUUGUUUGUUUGUUUUCUUUUCUUCUCUCGUUUUGCUGGCGCAGCACGUCGGGACCAGCUGAGAUCCUCCUGAGCAGGAAGCCCCUCUAAGUGCACAUUUGUCUCCCCCAGUGGUCUUUGGUGUUUUGGUAUGAAAAUUGGAAAUAGCUGUAAAAUGACCUUUCCCUUUUUUUUUUUUU